AUGUCAAUCAGCAACACUCAAUCUAACGAAACCAUUUACACUUUGGCAACAAUCUCCCAAGUCUUGGAAUGCUCUUCUGUUCCAGAAGUGAUGACACUUAGAUUAGAAAAUAUUAUUAGAGUAAAAACAUCUGAGUGGAAAGAAUGUUUAACAGAGAUUGGGAAAGCUUGUGCAGUCAAGUGGGUCAUUUGCAACACCAAUAAGCAACCUACCAACAUUACUGCUGAAGAAGCCAAAGCAACUGAUUAUGCAGAGCAUACUCCUGGUGAUAUGCGUAGUGACAUUUGCACCCUUCCUCUUGCAAAGAAAUAUCUUCACGAGUUGGCUCAGCAAUUAAAACAGUCAUCAAAAUCUGCUAGUCAAAUUAGAAUUGAUAUGUUGAGAGCUAUCAAUAAAAAGCUGUAUCAUUUUGACAAAGACCAAAUGACUUCUUUCUUAAUCUGGAUGAACAACAAACUUUCUGCCUUAAACUUCAACAUCUUUAAGGCAAACACUUCAUAUUCUCUAGAUCCAUCAGCCUUUGCAUAUGGUUUUAUGUCACCCAUUCAGCAAGAAAAAAUGAAAACCGCAACUUCUUUCUGUUUGGAUGUUACUCAUGCAAUCUCUAGCAACGUGAAUGAGAUUCUUUAUACCCUUUUGAUGCGUGAUGAAGAUAUUGGUAGAGUAUGGCCUGUUGCCUUUAUAGUAACCAAUGAUCGAGGUGUAAGCCCCAUUGUGCAGUGCCUGCAGUUCUUGAAGAGAUCUUCUUUGCUUGUUGACCCAAAGCAAUUUACUAUUGAUUGUUGUGCAGCAGAAGUUCACGCCAUUCAGACAACUUUCCUUGCAACAUCCAUUCAAUUUUGCAUCUUUCAUGAAACCCAAGCAUGGAACCAAAAGUUAUCUGACAGUGUGAAGACUCCUGGAUCCUUACCAUCAGAGGCACGAAUUUUACGUGGUGUGAUGAUAAAGUCUCUGCAAGAGAUCAUUUAUGAAGAAGACAUAGACGAGUUUCAUCAUAAAAUUAGAAACUGGUGCACAGAAGCAAAGUUUAAGAUCUGGAGUAGAGCAUACCAUGAACAACAAUUCUCCCAUAUGCUCACAAAUAACUAUAUCAAGUCCUGGCACAAUCAAUUAAAAACAGUUUUCAUGAAAAGAUCUAGAAAUAAGAGACUUGAUAAGCUUGUUUUUGUUUUACUACAUGAUGUUGAGUAUUAUCUCACCCAAGAAUAUGAACGCGUUAUGUCAAACAAUGAUCCAAUGAGUUCUUUUACUAGACAACAAAGAAUACAUGAGAUGGGAGCUGAAGAAGUCAAUGAUGAUGACAGGGAAAUGAUGAUUGUUGCGCCUGGUACUGCAGAAGAUGUUGCAGAGCCAAACUUGAUUAUUUCAUGCAUCUGCUUUGAUUAUCAGCGAAGAUAUAAACCUUCCAGUCUCGAUCUCUGA